AUGCCUAAGAAUGAGCAAACUGAAGUGCAACCCCUGACCCCUAGAACUCCCACCUACGUGAUCAAUAAAAACAGAAACGAUGGAUUGCCACCGGAAUUGAUCCAGCCCUGCCAGCGUCGCCACCGGAAAUACAUCCUCUGUUGUGGUUGCACCACUGCUUUGAUCUUGAUGCUGUUGGUGAUCUUCUUGGUGCUUUUCUUCACUGUGUUCACUGCAAGAAGUCCGGAUAUGAUAAUCGAGACUGUCAAGGUUGAAGGGUUAGAUAAAGUGAAUUGGACCGACAUUAGGCCAUUUACAAAUGUAACUGUUUUGGCCAGAGUUGCAGUGAAAAAUAAAAACAUAGCAACUUUCAAGUUUCAGAAUGCCACAACAGUACUACACUAUGACGGAAACUUCAUCGGGUUGGCUGAAUCGCCGAGGGCAACCGCCAAGGCCGGUAAAACUCUGAGAUUCAAUGUGACCAUGGAUAUUUUAAUUGCCAAUAUCCUGAAUGUUUCUAGUCUACAAGAGGAUUACCUUUCUGGGAUUUUGCCGGUGAAUAGUUACACGAGACUUUCUGGUAAGGUGAAGAUUUUCAACAUUAUCAAGAGGAACUUUGUGGUGAGAACCAAUUGCACCUCCAGGGUUAACGUCACCAGUUACAUGAUAAUACAUCGGAGUUGUAAGAAAAAGGAAAACCCUUUUGUCAUCAAGUGA